UUUGGUGGUCACAUGCAGGAGCGCGCACCCCAGCGUUGGUUUUCACGUUGGAGUUUUACAGGAUUGUAGCCUACUAACAGGAAUGGUGUGAAAGUUAUGUGUUUUUGAGAUUUGUCGUGGAUAACUACUUCAGUAAACGUUAUUUUGAGAUAAGUUAUACAGGAUGGCUGUGCAGGGUGUGUUUCGGGCGGUGAUAAUGGGGGCCCCGGGCUCUGGUAAAGGGACGGUGUCCGGUCGGAUAACGCAGGGUUUCGGUCUGAAGCAUCUAUCGAGCGGGGACUUGCUGAGGGCGAACAUCGAGGCAAAAACAGAUUUAGGUCUUUUGAUGAAGUCGUGCAUUGAUCAGGGUCAGCUGGUUCCUGAUGAUGUCAUCUCUCGUCUCAUCCUGUCCAGCCUGAGGAGCAUGAAACAAAGCAGCUGGCUACUAGAUGGGUUUCCACGUACUGUGGCUCAGGCUGAGGCUCUGGACAGCGUGUGUGAUGUGGAUAGUGUUAUCAACCUGGACGUGCCUUUCCAGACCAUCAGGGAACGACUGACGUCACGCUGGGUUCAUCUUCCCAGUGGCAGGGUCUAUAAUAUAGACUUCAACCCACCAAAGAAGCCUGGUCUUGAUGAUGUCACAGGAGAGCCAUUGGUUCAGAGAGAUGAUGACAGCCCUGAAACUGUCACCAGAAGACUGAAGGACUAUGAGAGACAAACACAACCGGUUUUAGAGUAUUACAGGAGUAAAGGAGUGCUGGAGACCUUCAAAGGAACUGAAACCAACAAGAUAUGGCCACACGUUUACGCCUUCCUGAGCAGGAAAAUCCCGGGAAACCAGCAGGCUAUGGGAAAAGCGUGAAUUUACGACGAGAUUUAAGAAAAGAGACACUCACAGCUACAAAUACACUUUUAAGCACAAUGCACCUCAUAUGGCCUUAACCAGAUUACAGGAAAUGGAGUUUAAACACUCAUAUGUAUCCUCUGGUUUCAAGUAAGUGCCAAUGUGGAUGCCACACAACACAAAGUCGAUGGCUAAAUAAGUAUUUUGUGCAACUUGCUGUUGGAGAGGCGGUCAUAAAAAGAUUAAUAGUUUACUUCAAAAUUAAUCAGUUCCAAAAUAGGUGUAAGAGACCAACCUGUCCUGGAAGCAUUUCAAUGUUUUUAGCUGAAAUGUGGACACGAUAGCUCGAAUGCAUUCCUGUUUGUACGUGCCAGUUUUAUUUAAUAUAAUUAUCGUUUAGAUAAAUGUAGAUUUGAGUUUGAUUUAAAAUGUUGAAUUGUUCAAUCGGACUGCCACUGUGAUUUCUGUAGUCUUAAUCUUUUAACAAAAACACCUUAUGUGGUCUUACGUGAAAGCCUGAUGAUUGUAUGUUAUACAGAUAAUGGAUUUUUAAUUAAGAAACAUCACAAUGUCAAAUCAGAUGACACUAAAAAUGAUAAAAGGGACAAACGCUGUUUUCUUAAGUUAUGCUUUAUAAGCCAUUCUCUGUUCAUAAACCACUUUUCUGUAGUUAGACUCCUACCUGACACAAUCAUGAUGCAUCAAAUCACAAGGAAUUACGUUUUUUACUGUUGCUUUUAUAAACUGUAUUAUAUGUAGCAAAAUUUUAAGUAGAGAAAUCUAUGGCACAGUGAGAAACUAAUAGUAGGUAGUGAAUUUGCACCAGUUUGUUGUAUAUGUUCCAUUGCACAAAUGCAAUAAAGUGUCAAAGUUUGUUAAA